CUUUUCUUUUUUAUGGGCAGAGUUACAGUCCAGUGAAAGGACUAGACAGCUGAGAGGAGCAGACUCAUGUUUACUCUGUGGAUUUAGAUCAUAGGAGAAAACUGAACUAAGAUCAGAAAACAGACCGGAUUAAAACAGUCUGUGAUCGUCUCUGUGACCUUUGUGACCUCUAAUGAGCUAUGGAUCCUUAUAAGAACCAGAGAGACUCCAGGAGGAACAACAACACCUAUCCGCAGGACACGUCAGGUGUAUAUGGAAAUAAAGACAGUGGUACACCUGAAACUCCUGACAGAAAUCAGCCUGACAACCUGCAACAGCAGCGGCAACAGGCUGACAGACAGCCUCAAUAGUAAGUCAUCUUCAAUAUAUUUAAAUCAACAGCUAAAUGAGAUCUGAAACAUUAUAUAUGAGGUAAACAGGCUCCGUUUAUUAUGUGUCUAUUUUUAGAUUAAAAAAGAAUAAAUACGAGUAAAGCUUUUCCAACCAGCCGGAAAAUAAAUGUUUAUUGUUUAUUUUGUAAGAUAUCAGAGGCAUUUUAGAUAUGUACUUUCGGUUUCGUUUCUCCUCAGUCGAGAAAGUAAUGGUGCAUUCACUGUUCCCCGGAAAUCCCAAUUACUAAUGUGAGAAAAGACUAAGAACUUUACAGUGAAGCGUAAAAAGAUCAAAUUAGUUACGUGUGAAGUUUAUUUGAUUAAAAUGACAAUUAGGGAUUGAUCAGGAAGUAUUUUGACACGUUUGCCUCAUAAAUAGCUUUUUGACAAGCUUUUUAAUGAGAUGUAGUCUAAUUAAGCAAUUUUAAACUUUUCACAAACUGAGCAGCUCAUAUUUAUCUGUUUGUUCAUCACAAAGAGCCUCACAUUCUGUUCUAGUCUCAGUACUUGAAUCAAAACUGAAAGUGAAAAAGUUCUGCAUAUAUCAUCAUUAAAAAUCAGUUUCUGUUUCCUUCUCAGCUCAGGUGGAUUCACCGUCAUCCCACCAAACGAAUCUCGCCGGAGCAAGAUAACAAUGAGUGAGCUGACAGACAACUAUUUUUAAUGCUUCCUUAAUUGUUAUUUAAUCUCUUAAUUUGUAGAAUUUUGUUCCUGAUGUGAAAACCUUCUUUCUCCUCAGUGGCUCAGAAAGAAGAGCAGGAACUCCAGAAAUGGAAAGAAGCGAACAGACCGUCCUCUGUGCGCCUGAAUCCAGAAAAGCUGGGUAAACCAUUGCAUUUAUAACACAUUACAAACUAAUAUACUUUGCACAUGCUUACUCUCUGAUGUAUAAUCUGUUCUUUUAAUUCAUUAAGGCGGUAAUGUGUCGUUGGCUGAAGCCAGAGAGAAGCAGCUCACAGAAUUACGAUGCUCCAAACUGCAGAAGAAGGUAUUUCUCAUACAUUGGUAAAGUCAUGGGCAAACUGAUAGUAAAGAGUGAAUAUGCUUUGUUUUAGAUGCAUUAAAUGAGGUUUCUGGCCAUUUUUCUUCCUGUCGUGACAUAAUAACAAAGAUUCACUUUGUGUAUACUGUUUGAAGCUGAAAAAGGAGGAGAUGGACAGGAGGAAGAGACAAGAAGAGGAGGAGGAAUUGCAGAGGAUGAAGGCUGUACAAAGACAGAAGGUGAGAGCAAAACAAGAAAAUGCACUUUUUACACUGUUUACUAUAUUUAUACUGUAAAGGAAACACCAUUUUUUGAUCUGUUAAAAAGAUGUUACAAUUAACCCAAUUUGACAUCUAUCAAACUCCUAUCUACCUCAACACUUUGAAUCUGUUCUCAUAAGUCAGUCAGCGCAGUGAUUUUUUUGUGACAAACCCCAGAGUUCAACAUAUGAAAUGUGCUGAAGUCAGACAGAAAAAGAAGGAAAGUUGUCUUUUUUUCCUUGUAAAGAGAUCAUUUACUAAGAACAUGGCAUGUGCGGUCAGAGCUCACUUGAAAAUGUCAUAUUUGCCUCCUCUAUGAUGGAUCUCUGUGGAUGUUCUUGUUGAAUUUUGGUGCAAGCAGACUCCAGAAAACGCACCAAAAACAAUGAGUGUAGAAAUGUAAAUUACAAACUGCUUCUUGAUGGAGGAGUCUGAAAUCUGCUGCAGCAGUGAUGAGAUUUAAUAACCAAGACUGACAAAUGGAAAUCAUGAGAAACAGUCUGAUCAUUUCUUGAAGUAUUCACUCAGACUCCACAUAAUCAGUUUGACUGGCUCUCUUUUAUAUGACCCAGCACAGCAGCCUUUUCUUUACAUCUGGUGUCUUUAAGUUUAUUGAUAACAUAUAACCUCUUUGUAUAAAACAUUUACAUAGAAAAUAUGCAGUAAAAGGUAAGGGAACGUGUUAACAGAUACCCUAGAAACACUGAUAGAUACAGAAAUUCUUAAUAAAAUUAGGCAUUUAGGAAGCUUGUAAAUAUUUACUAUUCGCUCCUUACCCCCUCGUAUGCUGCAUAUAACGUGGGUGAUCAUAGAUAGACAGACAGAGACACUGCAGGUUAGUUUUCUUUUAAAAUAGGUCAGUGAUUGAGAACAUUGUCUUAUGUAAACCUUCUCAGACCGCUGUGUGAAAAGUUAAGCUGCUGGUUGCUUUUGCUCUUAGUUUUAGAUUGUUUUUUUAGAUCCACAGAUGAACAGUCAAAACAUGAGUCGCAUUAUUUGGGGUCCUGCCAAUGAGAUUUUCCAGAAACUAGACAUAGAAGACAAAGAAAAAGCAGGAAGUAGGCAGGAAAUGGUGCUGCUAAAAGAGCAGAAAUGCUCCUCUGUUCACCAUGAUGACUCCCUUGGUCGUCAUUCACACUGAUGCAUCACUUCAUUGUUUUGAAAGGCACUCAGAACAAAGUUGAAGGCAGUUAGCAGUGUUAAGCAUGGAUGCAGAUGAUGUAAAGGGUUUAAAGUAGUUGUAAUUGGUUAUCUGUGCAGCUCCAUGCAGCAGAGAUGAGAUUUUGACAGCAUGAAUCUGCAAAACCUUUUGUGUUUCUGUCUUUGAAUAUAAUUUGUGUAAUCUGCUUUGUGAAUUAGACCCUGACACUGAGCAGUAGCAUGGUAAAUGAGGCAGAAUUUUUGCUGCUUUUAGGGACACUUUAAUGUUUCUGAUAGAAAGAUUAUGCAGCACAGAGAAAUGAAAUGCAUAUAAAAAGUGGUCCAGUUUUGCAGUAAAGGAAAAGAUUGAAAAGAAAAGAUUUUCCAAUACAAAAAUAAAAUAUAUCUUUCCAAUGUAAAAAUAUGUAGACUGCACUUUUGGUAUUUAUUCAGUGUGAAAAAGAUGCUUUCCCCUCUCCCUUUCAUCGCAGUACUUCGUCUUGCCUCUAGAUGUCAGUGUAGACAAGCCCCAGUGGAUUUUCUCAGCUCUUUCUGGUUGUCUUCUUGUUGGAGUCCUCCCUCUCUCACACAGACCACCAUGAGAAGCACCUGAUUCAUGUUCUGGUAGUUUCCAUCAGCUGCAGACAGACAGACAGACAGACAGACAGACAGACAGACAGACAGACAGACAGAGCCUCACUCUGCUCUCAGACAUGCUCUCCUCUUUGCCUCUCCUCGCCCGUCUGAUGCUCUAAUAGCGGUUCACGGUCUGCUGCAGUUAUGUGGAGGGGUGAAUCACUUUUGGAGACCAAAGCGGUCUUCCACAGACCUUUUCCUGUUGCACCCUGACCUCUACGAAGCCAAAGGAAUGUUCUGGUAAUCCAGGAAAGACACAGAUGCAUGUGAAGCAGACCUUUCCUCGCCUAUAGACGUGACUUAACACGGCGCUGGUAGAGACAUGGGUCAUAGCCUGGCCUGACCCACUUUGGUUUGGGAUGUAGGGGCUGUUGAAGGCCGAGUGGAGAAUUAUUAAGUGUUUAAACCACAGAAACAGAGUCAGCUUCAGCUCCUGCUCCAUGGCCUCCAUAUUUUUCUCAUGGAUGUUUCCGGUUUUACAGUAAAAAACACUGUAACUGACCACAUGGUUGACCUGCACAUGACUCUGCAGCCAGAAUACAGUCUAAAAAUGAGAGUGAGGCCCAGACUGUUAACUUUAGCAAGAGAGAGGCUGAAAGUGGAGUGGGCAGAGAGGGAUUUCCAUCUGUUGGAAAAUCAGAUUUUACCGUGUGAGCCAUACAAAUGUCAUCAAAACAUCACAAACAGUCCGUACAAUGAAACAGAGGGUGAUUCCUAUAGAUGCUGAAACAACAUUUGGGUCCAAAUUUAUCUUUAUGUUUUCAUGCAUAUACUCUUAUAUGGACAUGUUCCAUCGUCAUUUCCUCAGUUUUUGGUGCCCUUAGUUGAGGUCUCUGAUGGCGUUGCAGUUUGAGCACUCCACUUAUGAGAUGAUGUAGUCCUGGGCGCAGUGGUUGCUUGUUCAGUUUCUGGCUGCAACCCUUUGCUAUGUCUUUUAUUGGAAGUCCUUUGACCUUAAACUGUCUGUUUUCAACGUCACCGAGCCUGAGCCUGUGUGAUCUCUGUACUUGUAUGUCUUUUAUGGUCCUUUUAUCACUUUUAUUUCUGUUAUGCUUUUGUGUUUUUAUUUCAUUUAUUUUAAUGUUUUUUUUGCCUGCUUUUAUUUAUUUCAUCUUGAUGUUUUCUGCAGUGUCUGUUCUUUUAAUUUUAUUGUGCAGCACUUAAGUAAACUCGAAUGUUUUUUAAAGUGUGCUAUAUAAAUAAAGCGGAUGGGACUGGAUUGGAUUGGUUACUCAACCUGGCUGUAUCACCAUGGUAACUCACUCCAGACUCAUCACUUUGUCAGGACUGGGUUCAAUUCCAAGUUAGAGCUCAUAAUUGUUAAUCAGGCGCCGUCGUUUCAUGAGUUUACGUCUGCUAAUAACCCCUCCCCCUGACUUUACAUAUCAUCAGCUGAUGUAGUUAAAGAAGUUUUGGAGCUGUAAUAUUUUUAACGACAGAACGCAGACGCCCACUUAGAGAUAAAUAUGACUGAUGCAUGUUGGAAGAAGAGGUUGUUGAGUUUCUUGCAUAUAGCUGUGAGCUGCAGAGUGACUGCCGUCAAUAGUGCAUGUCGGUAAAAACAUGUUGCUGUGUCGUCAGCGUGUCCUGAUGUGGCCGUGUGCUGCAGAGUGACGUCUCUCUGUUGUGUGUUGCAGGCGGAGCUGCUGGAGGAAAAGAGGCGACAGGAGGAUCAGAUGAGGAGGGAGCAGUACAAGCAGGAUCACCUCAGGUCAGACCGGGAUCAGGUUCGCUUGGGUCUCCGCACUGUCUCUGUGUGGUAUUGUGUUGUUUUCUGUGAUGUGUUGUGUUCCUUCUUGUUCUGCCAUGAAUCUCAGUCACAGAUGUUGCAUCAGAUGACACAAUCUCCUCUGCUGACCUGUAAUUAUCACCAGAGAUUGAGCUGUUGGCAGAGGAAGCAAUAACAGAUAACUAUAGUAAAUAAAUAUACACAGGGCAGUUAUGCACUCCUGCUGUAAUUCACUCAUUUAAGCCAUCUAUACAACUCCUACACUCUGAAAAGGUAAACAGGUCAUCCAGAGGUCAACCUGUCCUGUGUAUAAGAAGUGAAAGAAGAUCCUGGACUCAAAAAUAAAGUGUCCGAAAUCUGGAUCAGGAGGCAACUAUACAGGGUGCAAAGAGGUCUGAAUAUUUGGAGGUGUGGAAGCAAGUUGUAAUUAACAUUUUCUAAUGAAUUAAGACCAUAACCUCCAGAUUUAUGUUUCUUUGUUAUAGCAUGACUCCCAAAUCAUAGAUUUUUGUCCCAGUAAGAGUAAAAUGAGUGAUUCAAGUUGGAUAUGGUUUAAGUUGCAGCUGUUUGCACUACAAGUGAGGUCAACAAAAGAGUAAAACAAUCUAUAUUCAGUCUCUUAUAUGGUCCAAUAUGGUCACUUCUUGUUCCAAAAUCCAAAACAGCAACGGCCCUAAAUGUCCAAAUCAUGGAGUAAAGAAAGAGAUUUAUGUAUCAUGAGAGGUGUCACCUGGUUUUUGGAGCCAGAAGUGACUGAAUUUGAAGGUUGAGGUUAGAGAGGAAGAAGGAGGAGGGAGACAUCUAUGACUCUAUGUAUCUGUGAUGUUAUUUUCAUGCUGCAGCUACCCCUCUUCAGAAACUAAGCUGAUGUUGAAGUGCUUAAACCUGCAGAUCCCUGAGUGUCCAUAUAAAAUAAAACACAUUUAAAGCUUGGUUGAAAAAAACUCUUGGUCUGAAUAGUUCAGGGUUCCCUUAGCAACCAGGAAGUAAUUGUUUUUGUAAUGCUGUCAUAUUAAAGUAGCUAAGGUUGCAGGAUCAGUGAAUCAGAGGUGCGGCCGACUUGACUGACAGGCAGGCACACUGUGACCAUUAGAGAGGAGGCUCAAGGUCCACCUCUGGUAGAUAGGCCAAACGUUAGGUUGAGUCAGCAUGACCAAUAUGGCGACUGCUGCUGGUGGGGAGAAAACUGAUCUCCGACCACAUUAUGUGGGUCUGUUAGUCUGACCAUGAGAAGUAUGAAUUAAUGCGAUUUCAGUCAGACUGGUCUUGAGAUUAAGACCAAGACCAGACCAACUAAAAAAGACAGUUUUAUUCUUGUGAAUUUUAAAGAGCAGCCUGGAGACCCCACACCAAGCCUGAGUGUUACGGCAGCAUUACAUGUGAAAAACAGAGAAUUACAACCUCAGAGGACAUUAUGAUUCAUUGUUUUGACUAAUGAAUCAACUCUGACAUGCAAAAUCAGUGGAGUGCUCCCUCAGAGUGGUGGUUUGGGUUAUUAUUUUUAAUUUGUAAAAACAAUAAUGAUUUAAAGAGUGUGCUGUCUGCAGUAGGUUUCAUGCCGUAUUAUCCAGCGGAGAACCAGACCGCUUUAAAUCAAUUACUCAGACAGCCAAGAUGUUAUUGGAAUAUUAUACACGGUCUGCGCUGAGGGGAAACUGCUUGUCAAGUAGCAUCUCUGGCCUCCUGACAAGAGAAACAAAAAGAAGAGACAGCAGACCAACGUAUGAACCUGCAGGAACAAAGGCGAUAUUUAGAGAUGGAGGGAGACAGAGCGCAGAGAGGCGUCACAGGCGGACAAACAAACUCCGUCAACCUUGUACUGUCAGGAUCCCAGGCAUGUGGAGUGUCUGUGGAGUAAAUGAAUCCUCCUCUCAUACCUUAUCAUUACUCUCUGUUUGUCUUUUUGCAAUGCGAGGAUGUUGAGUGUGUUUUUCCUGCAGGGCGAAUAAGACUUUUCUGCAGAGGUUUGAGAGGACGGCCCCAGGUCCUUUGGCAUCCAGCAGUGCCACACACACGUCAUCCAGGGUAAGCCAGCGACCACAUAAUGUGUGUGCGCCCGUGCUUGUAUGUGCUUUCACAUGUUGUGUUUGUAUACACGGCUCUGUGUGCAUCAGCUCCGGGGUUCAGUGUUGAGCCUAAAAUCUGUGGCUGGAGCUCUGCAGUCAGGAGAUCUGCCUUUGUGAGCUGUUUUCUGACUAAACACUCUCAGGGUGUUUCAUCCUCUGGUGUUAAGGGUGUCCCUGAUUAGCUGGGUGGGUUACAGAACUAGAUAACCCCCUCUGACAUCCUCCCUUAUCAAAGUCAGAGCACACAGCAGUCCAGCGAGCUCACAGCUGAGGAUCAUGUCCUGUAGUUUUCCUCUCAGUGUCUGCGUCCGCCUCUUUCUCUCUCUCUCUCUUUUGUUUUCUCUGCCUCCUUUUUUCUCUCUUCCUCUCCUCCCUGCUUGUUGUUGGUUUUCAUGGGAGGGAUUGAGCGGCAAGCGGAGUUCAAGGGACUUCCCAGAGUUCACAUGGAGCAGAGACGGAGACACAACAUGAAAUGGCUGUAAGAAGUCUGCAGAGAAACAGAACGGAGCAGGAAUGACCUGCUCGAGUAAAAGUACCUGGAGGAAACCCAAAUCUGAAUCUGACCAGUCUUGUGCCUUGUUGUUAAUACUUGGAAACCCAAAUCCACCAGGACGCUUUUACUAUGUAAUUUAGGGUCUAAUGUAAAUAUGGUGAACAUCUGCAAGUUUUAGGACUCAGUUUUGAUCCAGAUUCUUCCAAUAUCUUAGUGUGGGUUUCUGAAACUUAACUGAUUAUAGGUGCGGAUGAAUCAUGGGUAUUUAUAACAAAAAUAACCCAGUAAAGUUUUUGAAUACAUGAUUUAAUGUGUUACAUGACAGGCUGGGUCAGACCAUAGACCGUAUAUACUAUGGACAACUUGGUUCCGCCUUCCGCCAGUAUAUGGAUUUGAAGCCAAGAAGCUCUCGGUAAUUCUGCGUUUUCUCUCCAUUUCCUGAAAUCAACAUUGCGCAGUAGCGUUGUACACAUUCAGCGGGAGAGUCACCAAGAGUCCCUGUGAUGAUGCUCAGCUCAAACAGCGUAUCACCCGGGUGAGCUAUGCAAUCCUUGUCCGCCCAUAGGCUGUAUCAAGUGUGAAUCAUAGAAAACAUGAACUCCCUAAUAACUUUUAAAAAUGGAGCUGUAAAGAAAAGGAGGACUUGGGCACAAACCAGUCUUACAGUACCUACAUGUCAACAUCACAACCAGGGGUGAAGGGGGGAUGAUGUUUUGUAUAUCAAAUUUCUAAAGUUUGUCCACAGCUCCAUAAGCUUUGCUGGAGGAGGCAGGAUUUAUGACCUAUACUGCAGCCCGUCACCAGAGGGUGCUGUUCUCAGAGUGGCUUCACCCAGCGAGGAGGCAGACAGCGUCCAUUCUAUAUACAGUCUAUGGGUCAGACUUAAUGUUAUCCAAGUAUUAAAAUUUUUGAUUAACAGUGCCCACAUCUGCUUUAAUCAUCCAUCCAUCCAUCUUAUCCUGUUGGGGUCAUGGGGGGGCUGAAGUCUAUCCCAGCAUCUUGGGGCGACGGCAGGGGACACCCUGGACAAGUCGCCAGUCCAUCGCAGGGCUGACAUGUCGAGACAAACAACCGCUGCUUUAAUCAUCAAGCACUUAAGAAACCCCAAGAAUUUAAAAAUAGAAACACCUUUUGAGAAAAGAGAGAUUGUACAAGGUGAUUUUAAUCUUUUCCUGUGGUGACAUCACAACAGGAGUGACUUGCAUAGGCACACAGGCAAAGCCUUUCCUCUCUCUGCUGCGCUGUUGUGGUUUUACUUUGGUAUUGCAGAGUCAUGAUGCCAAAGGUUAGAGCCAGACAAGCCAAAAAAGGUCUAAACUUUGUCCCAGCACUGGAGGAUUUAAGAAAACAAAGGUUGGUUUUUAUUUUUUAUCAUCGUAUGCCAGCAACAGUUCAUGCUAAUUUGGCUUUUUGGGCCAACCGCUUAACUUUGCACUGAUUGAACAGCUCUACCUGCACAGUGGUCAGCUUCUUUUGUGUCAGCAUGAUGUCCUACAGGUCACAUGACUGACCUGAUAUGCAGAUCACAAUUUAGAGUCAGGCUUCCUCAGUUAUGUCUCUUUUUUUUUGGUAAAUAGUGCCUUUAAUCUAAAAUCCAUGCCUGCUUUAACUCUGAGGCCUCAAACUCUCAGAGCUCACAUUUAUUCUUAGCUCAGGAAAUGUACAUUAUGAGAAGGUGAUGACAGCUCCUGUCAGACGCUCUGAUAAUAAAGUCUGCCCGCCGCGUGUCUGUCAGUGAUGUUACACCAGAGAAGAAGAAAGUGUGCAGGAAACCAUAUUGUGCAGCGAGCGUAUCAUGUGGUGACUGACAGCAGUGUUAAAUCUGCACACACAGCUCCCUGAGCGGACGGAGGAAAUGUUUUCUUUCUGGUUCUUUUCUCAUUGUUGUGUUUCUCUCCUCUUUCUCUCACUCUCCUUCUCUUUUUCUCACACAGACCUGACGCAAAUCUUUCAGCGGGCGAGCUGGUGGUAGAGAAAGAGAGGGAGGUCAGGGGUCAAGCUGUGGUGUGGAGAGGCAGUCAGUUACAGUAAUAAAGAGCUCUCUGUGUUUUAUGGAGUCACACACACACACACACACACACACACACACACACACUGACAGUGAGAGCAGACGGCUGAAUGGAUGACACAGCUCAGAGGAUGAUACCAGGGUUACAGAGAAACAAAGACUCACCUCUUCCUGCUCUCUCAUCUCCUCUCUUUGUCCUCUCUCAUCUCUUACCUCAUCUCUGGUUCUCGUCCAUCAUUUCCCCUCCUUUACUUUUCAUCCUUCUCCUUUUUUUUCACUUCCUUUUCACUCACUCCAAUCUUUUUUUUUCCUCCCACCCCCUACCUCCAUCUACCUUGUCUCUCUCCACACUUCUUGUUUAUCUCUCAUAUCUUCUGUUCAUCUUCUGACGUUCCCAUUCCUUUCUUAUUUCAUUUUCUUAUUUCCAGUCUUUAAUGUCCAGUUGUUCAAAAGUGAGCUGAUUGAAUUUAAGGUAUCAGAUUGGAUCAGAUUUUGAAAACCAGAUGUUGACAAGUAGAUUUCAAGAUAAGAUGAUUUUGUUUAACAUUUCAUGUUUUUUGUACUCAGAGAGGAAAGUAUAACAGGGUUGACUUUCUUGAACAUCUGAAUUUUUUUUUUUUGGCAAAUCAGGACGGACUCCACCUGAGGCACUUGUUAGGAAUGGAGAAAAUCUCUCUUUAUGUUUGUUAUUCAGUGUUUCUUUUACCUUCAGCUCUUAAAGGGGAUGUGAAAGCCAUCUCACACACAAAAUCUCUUAUCCAUAAUCUGUUCUAAUAAUCUAGAUUUGGUAAUCUGUCAAAAGUCAAUAUGGUUAAUCCCAAAGUCUGAUGGAUCACCUGAUCCUAAAGAGAGAGAGAUGAUUUUUAAAUCCAGGUCAUUAUUAGAUCAAACAUUUGUAUGAACCCGGUCUUUGGUCUUCUCUGCUCUUGUUUCUUUUUGCCAUUCUUCUACUUCAGAUUGUACUUGUCCGUUGCUUUCUUUUACUUUUUUUACACUCUUUUCAUCCCUUUUUUUAAUCUCUAUUUUUUAUAUCCUUGUCCCUCUUAUCUGACCUGUUUCCUUAUCUUUACACAUCCCUGUUCUUCUUUCACGUUUCCUUUUCCCCCUCCUUACCCUUGCCUCUCUCCUUCUUUGCCUUUUCUUUUCAUCCCUUUCUUAUCUCUCCUCUCUCAUCUUGCCCUCAUCAUUUCACUUGAAUUUUCCUUUCACCUACUUUUUUAAUCUCUUAUCUCUUUCCUCCUUUCUUCUCUCUCCCGUAGCCCUCUUUUUUCUAUCUUUUCUCAUUUUGCCUUAUCUUUUUCAUCCAUUUUUUUUACCAGUUUUUCCUUUUAUCCCAUUUCAUUCCCUUCCCUUCUCUGUCCACCUUUUUUCUCCUUUAUUUUCUUUUACUUUACCACCAAAGGCCUUAUAAAUUUCCUGCUCUCUUUCCUCCCACCCUCUCCUUUUCUUUCCCCUCUCUCUCUCUCUUUCUCUCUCAGAUGGUCGUCACAGAUUAGCCGAUGAAAGCGUUUGCAGCCGCUGAGCAGCAAAAGUCAAACUUCUUGAUGUGGUUUUGAGUGGGACCCUGGGAUCUGUUGUACUUUCAGACACUGCUCCAUAAGAUGGAUUGAUCCCUCCUUCACAUCCUCUGUUUGUGUGUGUGUGUGUGGUGUGAACACUUAUGUGUGUGUCUGAGUGGGAGACUUAAUGCUGAGCUUUGAUGGCACUCACACAGGUGGGCUGUGUGUUUAGGAUGGAUGUAGAAAAACCACCUCGCUGACCCCUCAGCUCUCGUGGGAAAGGGUAAAAAAGUGCAGAUGUGUUGGAUAACUUUCUUCAGACUAGAUUACAGUUAGUUCACUUCACGCUGAGCAACACCGGUUGAGUAGAGACUGCCAACAUGUAUCAGCUGUACCUUUUUCCUACAGAUCUGAUAGUCUUAUUUCCAAGUUCAGUUAUUUGAUCUUAAAAAGUGGAGCUGUGGCAACAUGAUUGACAGCUCUGUUGACCAAUAAGGAGAGUGGGAGGAGAAGAGGAAAUGUAGCUAACUCUAACAUAUUGUCAUUGAGUCGUGAAACGUUUGUAAAUCUGUGUGUAGAGUUACAUUUGGAGACUUAUACCAUAACAGACUGAGUUCCAGCGUGGGCUUCAUUACAAGUCAGCUCCAGUGGUGUUUGGUGGGUCAGUGAAUUAAUUAGCCCUCCACAUUAGCACUUGUAACGAACCCUGAGGUGCCCCAGUCUGUGAGUAUGGAUGACAGUCUGUGAGUCUAUAAAGUGCAAAGCCUGUUGUGCAGGAUGAAGCCGUCGUGUGUCUCACCAAUGUCUUAAGUAGCACACACUUAAAAUGUGUCUAUUCAAAACUUUUUUGUGAUUCGCUGUUUGAUCACAAGUGUGGCAUCAGUCUUGCAAUGUUACUAUUAAGAUCACUUCUGCGUGUUGUCAGUUACCUGACAGUGCAUCCAUGAACUGUUGUGCUAUCUGACUCUGAGGAGAGAGGAAAGAAGGAGAGGUGGAGGGGAGAGGAAAGAUUAGAAAAAAGAAGAAAAGGGGGUCGAGGAAAGAGAGCAGGAAAUUUAAAAGGCCUUUGGUGGUAAAGUAAAAGAAAAUAAAGGAGAAAAAGGCAGACAGAGCACUUUUUUAACCCGGCUUUUCACUGACUGCCAAUUCUUAAUGUUUCUUUUAUGUCAUUUUAUAAAUUUUCUCCGUUCAUAGUCUCUUUAUUCCAGCCAUAGAGGUUUUAACUUCUUUUACCCCUUUUACAUGGUAAAGAGCUCUUACUUAUCUGUUCAUUUAAUAUAAUUUUCUUGUUUUCUUCCAUCAGGUUUUACUCUUUCUUUUUACCAUUUUCUUUUUAUCUCCAGUGUUUCCCAAAGGUAGCUCUUUCCUCAUGUAAUAUCUGGGUGUCAGGCCAUGUCUCUUUAACAUUAUCUUAAAUUCUCACUCUGUGUGCGCUUGUGUGUGUGUGAGUCCAUGGGUGGGUGUGUGAGUGGGAGGGUCAAGUUUUAUUGUUGUUUAAUUGUUGUUUUUAGCCUCUUUGAACUACAUUGUUUUGUCUGAAAAGUGCCAUACAAACAAAUAAAUAAGUAAAAUUAUCCGUCAUAUUUCAAACAGUCAGCUUACAGUCCAAUCACAGAGAUGCACAAAAACUAUACGCCCUGAUUCCUGCACAGCAUGAAUUUUAUGGAUCAGUUGUAUGACCGCUCCAGAUUUUGAUAAUGAUGUUUAGUAAUGCUUAAAGAGACUUCUUGACUUUCUUCUCAGUUCUCAUUGGCACAAUUCUUGAAAAGAUCUUCUCCUUUCUAAGUGUGGCUUUCCUCUUUUUUAACAGAGUGAGUCCAAGGAGGGUUUCAAGAAGAAAGAGCCAAAAAGUGAGAGAGAUGUUCUGCAACAGCAUAAAAGGUACAUGCAUCAUAUUUUUUUUAUCAACUCAAUCAAACUGUCAUCCUAAAUUUGUGAUAAGAAAAAAAAAACUAGAUAUUUGAUUCUCUCCUCGAUAAAAACAAAUUUAAUACAUGUCAGCAGAAAGAGAUUUAACAUGAUUAAUCUUUUGUUUUGUUCAUUUUUUUGGAAUAAAACCAGUAUAGACCGGCCAGCUCGAUGAAUACUGAGUGUGCAGUUCACUGACCUCACUAUAUUUCACCAGAGGAGUUUAAAAAGCUGUCAAACAUCCCUGUUAGUAAAAAAUCAGUUUUAUGCGAGCCAUUUUUCUGAUUCAUUUUAUUUUGACAGGGUGAACACGGCCUUCCUGGACAGACUGGAAGGUCGAGGAAGGGCGAACGAGGAGAGGGAGAGUGUCCAGGAGGAAGAAGAGCGUCCGUAUUUCAAAACUGAAGAGUCGAACUCUGCAUGGCGAGAGCCCCCCGCCACUUACCUGGACCCUGAGCCAGACACGGACUGGGCACAGGAAGCUGGUGAGUCUCAUGAUGUUUCACACGGCUUCUUUUUUUAGUCCUGCUGGUUAACCAAACCUUAAUGAGACCUGUGACAAGAUGUGACCACUUCGUGCUCCUUUAAGCGCUGUGAUUGUGUGUUUAGUCUGCGUUUAAAUCAAAGGCUGUACGCGCGUCAAAAAUGCAGACGGGGACAUUAUGUGUGGUAGGUCGUAAUACUGACGCUCCGGGGGUUUAAAUCCUGCUGAUACUUGUAGUUUGUGGAAAUUGUGUGUCUAUAAAUAUGAGUAAGAAAGUAUGUUCCCCUUCUGUGUGGGUGCAUAUCUUUAUUUACUAUGGGCUAGACGAUAAAUCAAAGAUGUGUCAGGGUCUGAGUGGCAGACAGGAUGCGAGAAACAUGGACAUAAACACCCACAAACAAAACAAAACACACACAUACAGCAUCAGAGGCAUGCAUCAUUGUUGAACCCGGAUUACACACACUCUGUGGGCCUGCAGCCAAACAGACACCGACAGGAGCAAGCCCCGCCCUCCUCAGAUUAGCCUGUGUUGACAGAUCGAGUUUGAUACCUGACGUGAUACAACUCACCUGUGACGACCUGCCAAUCAAAACAGCAAAAGCAAACACAGACAGAACGGGAUUUACUGAAGCAUUUCUUUUAACAGCAAAUGUCAGUGUAAUUUUAACAUGUACUUUUUUUCUGCAGCUUUGGACCGUGUCAGAUAAAGAGAAUAAAAAUAUAUCAGACUUUUCUGCUCUGAAAUAUUCUUUAGAUUUAGUUGUAAAGGUUCCUCAUUGAAACGUUUCAAAGAUCCCGCCAAACACAGCCCUGUAAUCAGAGACGGCCCAAGGCAUAAGCGAGCUAAGGGCCUGCUUAGGGCGCCACGACCAGUAGGGGGCCCCCAAGAGCAAUCGGAAAAAAUAUAUAUAGUAUUUAUUUUUUAUUUUUUUUGCAUGUAUGAGUGAUGCUUUCUGUAUGAUCAAAUAUAUAUAAUUGUAAAAAUAAAAUAAAGUAAAAACUUUUUAGUGCUGCUGCUGAUGCAGGCCUAUGAUCCUUACUGCCGAAAUGUCAAAGCUCCGCUACUGUUAUGUGCCUCCUGCUGUGCAGUGUGCACCGAGCAUCCAAAGCGCAGGUAGUUGGGGGGCAAAACAAUGUCGCAAAAAAGGACAUAACCUUCAGAAGCAGAGAAAAGAAAGAAGAAGAAGAGAAAAAAACGCCAAAAGCAUGUUUGCAUGUCAUGGAAUGUUAAUCAAAGAGAUUUCUAAAGGUGUGUGAACGAUCAACAAUCAAUAUUAUUGGCAGAAAUAGAGGGCCCCGAAUCAAAUUUUGCUCAGGGCCCCAUUGAGGCUUGGGCCGGCUCUGCCUGCAGUUUCACCAGUUUGAGUUAAGUCUGAAAUACUCCAGAUUAUUUCAGCCCCUCCGUCUUGGCUCUCCUGUUCUGGGCUCAUUCCCAAAGCAUCCUUAAUACAUCAUGUCAAGCUGCAUCCUCCAGCCGUGGUUUUGUUUUUAACCGCGGUCCUGAUCAGGUAUUUCCAUUCUGUCAAAUACCUGUCACUGCCUAUCUCCUGCCCAGUUAGGCUGAUGUUGCCCAGACCUUCCUUACUGAUUAUCUGGCCCUUAAAUUAGACCAGCUGAUGGCAGGGAGAGGCGCGGGGCAGCCCUGAGGAAGAGAUGCCAAGGCUUUCAGACAGCAGAGGUUUCAUGCUGCCUGAGAUGAUUUACUUCUGGUACCCUUGUUUUGGCUAAAACAGCUGAGGAUUGCCUCACAGUCUUUGAUGGAUGACGGUGAGUGUAAAUGUCAAACAAAACAGAUUGUAUUGCUCAUCCACAAAGAGAAAACACUGAAAUAAGUGAUCAUAAACUUCCAUCUGUUGUGCAUGAGACUCAGAGAGAGUUCUGCACUUUCUGACACGACAAUAAAGGCGCUCUUUAAACAAACGCCUCAUGGGAACAAUAACGACUCCACAGAGGCUUGUGAGCAUUGUGUCUUUUCCCCUCUGCUUUCCAGACCCGGAUCCGGACUAUGACUGGGCCCUGAUGAAACUCGUGAACAGCUUUCCAAACUUUAGUAAAGAGUUCCUGGAGGACAUCCUCAACCAGUGCAACGGGGACUACGAGCAAGCCUACGUACUACUCAUCUCCACACUCAGUUGAUUUUCAUGCGUUUCUAACGGGAGGAUGGUCAUGCUUUAAUAUUGAGUUUGAUGCUUUUGGAGAUGGUUCAAAUGAAAAUGAAUAACCAGUAUUCAGAGGAGAAAGAAAAACCACAAAUUAUGCCUGGCAUACACUAGAAGAACUCUCAAAGUCUAAAGUCCACUAUUUGCUCACAUCCAAACUCUCUUUAGUCACAGAUUAUUACAUUUUGCAAAGACCAAGGAUCAUGCAUUGUCACUAUUUACAAAACCACAACAAGAUUGAUAUUAAAUUUAUUUCCCAUCAUGCACAGAGUGGAUAAGUCACAUCUCAUGUACAAAGGCUGUAGUCAUGGGUUUGACUCCAGGCUUCAGCCCUUUUCCCACAUAUCAGUCUGCACUCUGUCUCCUAGUUUCCUGCUAAAACGAGCAUCCUAUCAUCUCGAAAUGAAAGCAUAAAAUCCCGAAAAUUUAACAAAAAUAAAUAAAGUUAAUUCCAAUUAUGCUCAGGGUGAAUAUAUUCACAAGGAAAAAACAGUGUUUGUGUUAUCUGUGCUGGUUUAGGCUGCAGCUGGUUUGGCGUCAGGAGACAGGCUUCUAAAGGGUGGUGGCACUUUUCACACAGAAAGUCACUAAGGGUAUUUAUAAAGCAUUAAUGCAGCUUUAUAAGUGAUGUAAAGCUUUUAUGACAAGUUAAAUAUAGGAUAAUUAAAUGUUAUAAACACUGAACAUUAAGGGGUAGAAGUGGAAAUGACUCCACAGGGUCCCAACAGAGGAAGGGGCCCUCGGCUGUGGUGGUGGCGCCCAAUUUAUAUAUGUUUCAUGGGGCUUUUUUAUUGAUGUUGUCUUACGCAGAAAUGAAUCUUGGGUGCAGUUUCAUAGAGAAAAACACUACUAUUGUUCCACUGGUAAUUAGCUCCAUAAGUGACAGCAAAAGCCCACGUAUUGGUGUUAAAACUUUAGAAGUUGGGUCAGUGCAUCCCUAAUUUCUACAUUUUUAUCACCACAAUCAAAAAGCCAGUUGGAAAACAAGAAGGAGAAAUGAGAUAAUGAAAAAACAAAAAUAUAUCCAGACUAGCAUUUUUUAAUCUAAAUGAAGAGAAAUAGCAAAUCUUAGAUAUUUAUUGGUCUCUAAAUCUGCAGUUUAAUGCAACAUUUUUGGCAAAGCUUUGAUUUACUGGAUUUGGUUGUAUUAUGAAUAGUGUAUACUAUUGGCAAGUAUCUUCUCAAACCAUCCAUCACAGCAACAUUCACAAAAUCCAAUCUCAUGUGCAACUAUCACGAUGUUUAAAGCGAAGACAUGCCAUGACUGCCUUAACUUGGAGUAAUCUCCAUGUCUUCUGCCUACCUCUUAAUUUGCUGUGUGUUAAGCUCUGAUUGGUUUUUCACAGUGUUGAUGCUCUUUCCCUGUAUCACAAUUUUUUUAUAUUAUUCUGAAUGUUUUUGAUUUAUCAGAACUUGCUGAAAAGUGUUAAAGUUUCUCGACUGUCUUCCACCAAACAAUGGAGGUGAUUGGAGCGUCACAGCUUCAGGUGCAUCCUCGGUUUUAUUCCAGCUUUGGUAAAUGAGGUAUUUCAGAGCAAUCCCCUCACACACAAAAAAAUUCACACAAAAUUCAUUUUCACUGCUCUACACCCUGUUUUUCAGUGUUUACCUGCAGAUCCAUGUUUUUCAUUAUCUCAUUUCUCUCUGGCUGUGCGGUGUCCUGUAUCUGUCUGCGUGUCCACAUGAGUCAUGUGGGGUUUUGGGGCCCGACGUGGACUUGAAUUUAUGUUCUUUUUCACCAGUUUAAAGGUCAUCGCCGUGACUCAUAAUCCUCAGAUCACAUUUGGUGCUCUUAAUUACAUCAGUGUGUGCACAUGGAAGAAAGCUCAACCCAAAUACAUGAUGCCUUUUGUUUGUUUUAUAAUUAAAGUUGCAUGUGUUGAAUUGAGAGCAGGGUUGUUCGGGACAAUAGAGGAUGAGUGUCCAAAAAGUGUUUGGAUUCGGCUCAAAGUCGUCUGAAAUAAAAACUUGAAGCGAACAAUACUCUGUCUUUGAUGUCUAAGUGGCAGCUUUGUUAUAUUUAACCCUGGGUGGGGUUUCCAGGUGGGCACCGGGCACACAGCUGUGAACAUCGGCCUCAUUACAUCCCUGAGCUGAACAGCAGAGAUGGUUAUCACCUGACAGAGGAAACUGAGAACAAAGGGUGGUGCUCUCAACAUGGGGGAAGAAAUCCCCUUCUACAUCUGCAUGAAGUCAUGCAAGGAGUGAAACUGCUGAUGUAAUCCAGGAUAUGUCUUUCCUCUGAAAAUCAACAAGACACCCAUUGUCAGGAGCAGUUAUACAAUCACGAAGACCACAUCAUAAACAAAGGUACAAAGAUCUCUGAAUCCCCGGGUCUCUAUUCCCAGAGAGAGAGAGAAACUGUGUCAUGGUUACGUCUCUAUUGAAGCCACUGCUUUUCUCUAGUCUAAACAAGUGUAAUGAUAUAAUACCUUUAUUUUCAUUGAGUGGAUAAAAACAUUUUUCAUGUUAGUGAAAGUGGUGGUAUUCCCCUUUUUUCAGUUAUUGGAAUGCAUAUUGUGCAACCUGUAUCGGGAAAUCAUCAGCUUUCCUUGUAAAUUUCUACGGUUGAUGAAAGAUACCAGAAGUUCAGGCUGAUUUCAUGCAACAGGUCUAACUUGUACGUCCCAGUUCUGAGAGCUCCCUGCUCCUCCAUGUGCUUAUGAGGAAUACCAAAGCCAGAGCAUCAGCAAAAACUAGAACGCAGAGCAGGUAUCAGAGACGAUCCCUGACGCUGAUCAGACAGAAGAGGAGCUGGGUUGGAGGCAGGUUGGAAAGCACUAAGUUAAAGAAGUUAGAGCAGGCAGGCUAAUGCAGUUUGAACUGGUAUUCAUUUCACAUGGUUUGUUGCCAUGGCGCCCCAGGUCACUUUCCACCAUUUAGCGCAUGUGACCCCAAAAAGAAGAGCCCUGAAUUUUGAGAAUCUGCAGCUCCUACCUCUGCAAAUCAUUAAUUGUAGAAGUAAAUCAUUUUAGCAUCCCCCCUUAAGGUAUUUUUACUAGACAGCUGUAUGGUUACAUAUAUCA